AAACUUAUUACACUGAAUUAUUGAAAUGGCAAGAAAAUUAAAUGUGUUGCUAGUAUUAAAGAAACUACAAUUUCUUGAAGAUGUUGAAAAAUUAAUAAAAGAAGGGAAAAAUUAUUUAUUUCGAAUGAAUAAGUUGUCUGAUAGUUUAAGAAUAGAUUCAUAUCAAUAUAAAAAAAUCUUAUACUUUAUGGAUCGUUACUCACGUUGUAAAACACAAUUAAAAGAGAAUAUAGAGGAAUUAAAAGAUAUGUUCGAUAAUAACAAUAUCGAUGGUAUCAUAGAUGAAGAAGAGACAGAUGAAGAGAAUGAGAUAGAAUAUAUAGAGGAAGAAGAUUUUCUUCUCGAAGAACAAUUUUAUCAUUUUCGUAAUAUAAUGUAUCUAAAGAAUAUGCUCGCAAAUAUGGAAAUGUUAAUUUCACGAAUGUUAAAUAUAAAUGGAUCCCUUGUAAAUCUUCAGUUAUCAAAAUAUGCAAGAUUGAAGAUCGCAUUAAAAAAUUAUUCCAUAAAAGUAUAUGAAUUUUUGAAAAACAAUAAAAUACUCGUAGAAUCUAAAAAUAAUUUUGAGAAAAAACAAUUCACGAAAAAUAUUCAAGAUAAAUUUAUACAACUACAAAAACUUAUAAUUCAGAUUGCCAAGAAAGAAAUAUUCUUUACGGAUGUUAUGGUGCGCAAUUUGCAUGAUAUCUCUAAACGAAGAAAGUGAAGAAAAUUAAUUAACAUUUAUAUCAUAUGAUGUCAUUAUAAAAUAUAAUUUAUUUUUUUAGAUUACAUAUAAUAUGAAAAAAAGUUAAA